AUAUAGCGGUUGGAUGCUAACUAGCUUGUUAAAACGGACUAGGUUCGAGGUGCAGCAGAUACCGUUAAAGACAGUGCAUUGCAGUACCAGGCGGGAUAGGACCGAGGAAGGAAGGAAAGAAUAAAAGGGACGGUGCCAAUUGGAAACGAAACCUCGCCUUCAUUUUGAUUCAGGAUGGGGAACAGAGAUGACGAGUAUGAUUACUUGUUCAAAGUGGUGUUGAUAGGAGACUCUGGUGUGGGGAAGAGUAACCUGUUGUCUCGUUUCACCCGGAAUGAGUUUAACCUGGAGAGUAAGAGCACCAUUGGGGUGGAGUUUGCCACCCGCAGUAUCCAGGUGGAUGGGAAGACCGUGAAGGCUCAGAUCUGGGACACAGCUGGCCAGGAGAGAUACCGGGCUAUUACAUCAGCGUAUUACCGCGGCGCCGUGGGGGCUCUUCUGGUCUAUGACAUCGCCAAGCACCUGACCUAUGAAAGCGUGGAGCGUUGGCUGAAGGAGCUGAGAGACCAUGCUGACACCAACAUCGUUAUUAUGCUGGUCGGCAACAAGAGUGACCUGCGUCACCUCAGGGCUGUGCCCACCGACGGGGCACGGGCGUUCGCGGAGAAGAACGGCUUGUCUUUCCUGGAGACUUCAGCCCUGGAUUCUACUAACGUGGAGACAUCCUUCCAGACCAUUCUGACUGAAAUCUAUCGCAUCGUGUCUCAGAAACAGAUGUCAGACCGGCAAGACAACAACAUGUCGCCUAGCAACAACGUGGUCAACAUCCAGGUGCAGCCGACGGAGAAUAAACCAAAGAUGCAAUGUUGUCAGAGCAUCUAACAGCAUCGCCAGUACCACCUGCUACCCCCUGACCCCCGACCCCAAACCCCCUUCUAAAAGACUGCUUUGGUCCUGUCUGUCUGAAACACAGCUGCGUGGCCAGACUCUAGACUGAGACACAGCUGCGUGGCCAGGCUCUAGACUGAGACACAGCCGCGUGGCCAGGCUCUAGUCUGAGACACAGCUGCGUGGCCAGGCUCUAGUCUGAGACACAGCUGCGUGGCCAGGCUCUAGACUGAGACACAGCUGCGUGGCCAGGCUCUAGACUGAGACACAGCCGCGUGGCCAGGCUCUAGUCUGAGACACAGCCGCGUGGCCAGGCUCUAGUCUGAGACACAGCUGCGUGGCCAGGCUCUAGUCUGAGACACAGCUGCGUGGCCAGGCUCUAGACUGAGACACAGCUGCGUGGCCAGGCUCUAGACUGAGACACAGCUGCGUGGCCAGGCUCUAGACUGAGACACAGCCGCGUGGCCAGGCUCUAGACUGAGACACAGCCGCGUGGCCGGGCUCUAGACUGAGACACAGCCGCGUGGCCGGGCUCUAGACUGAGACACAGCCGCGUGGCCAGGCUCUAGGAUCUAUACUGCAGAGUUGAGGCUGCCUCCAAAGUGUGCACUUGUCUUGCACACUCCAUGUCAUGGAUUUAAAAGCAUUAGAUUGUAAUUAUUGGCAGAAGGGAGUUUCUUUCCACCGUUGUUAAGCCUAAAUCCAUGAUGGGAAGUGUGCAAGUGAACACUUUGAUAAAAGGGUGUAUAAUUAGGGUGCAGCUGUGUCUGAGCCUGUUGGUUCCUUAAGGAUCCCCCAGUCAGGACUAUACAGCUGUGUCUGAUCUCGUUGGUUCCUUAAGGAUCCCCAGUCAGGACUAUACAGCUGUGUCUGAGCCUGUUGGUUCCUUAAGGAUCCCCCGUCAGGACUAUACAGCUGUGUCUGAGCCUGUUGGUUCCUUAAGGAUCCCCCGUCAGGACUAUACAGCUGUGUCUGAGCUCGGUGGUUCCUUAAGGAUCCCCAGUCAGGACUAUACAGCUGUGUCUGAGCCUGUUGGUUCCUUAAGGAUCCCCCGUCAGGACUAUACAGCUGUGUCUGAGCUCGGUGGUUCCUUAAGGAUCCCCAGUCAGGACUAUACAGCUGUGUCUGAGCCUGUUGGUUCCUUAAGGAUCCCCCGUCAGGACUAUACAGCUGUGUCUGAGCCCGUUGGUUCCUUAAGGAUCCCCCGUCAGGACUAUACAGCUGUGUCUGAGCCUGUUGGUUCCUUAAGGAUCCCCCGUCAGGACUAUACAGCUGUGUCUGAGCCUGUUGGUUCCUUAAGGAUCCCCUGUCAGGACUAUACAGCUGUGUCUGAGCCUGGUGGUUCCUUAAGGAUCCCCCCGUCAGGACUAUACAGCUGUGUCUGAGCCUGUUGGUUCCUUAAGGAUCCCCAGUCAGGACUAUACAGCUGUGUCUGAGCCUGUUGGUUCCUUAAGGAUCCCCCGUCAGGACUACACAGCUGUGUCUGAGCCUGUUGGUUCCUUAAGGAUCCCCCGUCAGGACUAUACAGCUGUGUCUGAGCUCGUUGGUUCCUUAAGGAUCCCCCAGUCAGGACUAUACAGCUGUCUGAGCUCGUUGGUUCCUUAAGGUUCCCCAGUCAGGACUAGACAGCUGUGUCUGAGCCUGUUGGUUCCUUAAGGAUCCCCCGUCAGGACUAUACAGCUGUGUCUGAGCCUGUUGGUUCCUUAAGGAUCCCCCGUCAGGACUAUACAGCUGUGUCUGAGCCUGUUGGUUCCUUAAGGAUCCCCCGUCAGGACUACACAGCUGUGUCUGAGCCUGUUGGUUCCUUAAGGAUCCCCCGGUCAGGACUACACAGCUUUUUCUUUCUGCCGUCUUUUAUAUUAUUAUAUAGCAACGUUUUAAUAAUCAGACAAACGCUGGACGAAUCUUCACAGACAUGUCUUAAUAUAUGAUUUUACUGUUUUUUUUGUUUUUAGGUGUUAUUUUAUUAAAUAAUGUGAGGUUUGUUUUGUUCACCUGUAAAGCUUCAAAUUGACUGCACGGUACUCUCAUUACCCUGGCUGACUGUUGUGAAUCCCAAAUGGCUCCCUGUUCCCUAAUAUAGUGCACUACUAUUAACCAGAGCCCUUACCCUAACCAGUAGUAGUGCACUAUAAAAGGAAUAGCUUAAGGGACCAUUUGGGAGCCUGGUGGUGUGCUGCGUAACUAGACAAUGUCCCCUCGCUGUGCUAGUAAUGCUAUAAUGCUAACGGUGAUAGACUAGGGAUCAGUGCUAGUAAUGCUAUAAUGCUAAUGGUGAUAGACUAGGGAUCAGUGGUAGUAAUGCUAUAAUGCUAAUGGUGAUAGGCUAGGGAUCAGUGCUAGUAAUGCUAUAAUGCUAACGGUGAUAGGCUAGAGAUCAGUGGUAGUAAUGCUAUAAUGCUAAUGGUGAUAGGCUAGGGAUCAGUGCUAGUAAUGCUAUAAUGCUAAUGGUGAUAGGCUAGGGAUCAGUGGUUGUAAUGCUAUAAUGCUCCCUAACACAGUGUCUGUUCAGACUGAAUCAUUAGACAGUUUUGUUUUAACCAUGCUUUUUGCCAGGGGCGGCAGGGUAGCCUAGUGGUUAGAGCGUUGGUCUAGUAAGGGUUGGCGUCAAUUCUAGGAAGUUAACUGAGAUUUCAAUUCCAAUUCCUAGUCUCUUUUUUUGCUUUUCAAUGAGGAAAAUGUGGAAUUGGAAUUUGGUUUACUUUCUGAAUUGACUGAUAUUGAAAUGGAGUUGAACCCAACCCUGCUUUCUGCUAACCCUAAGACAUGGUUAGCAGGGUUAGCAGGGUUAGCAGGGUUAGCAGGGUUAGCAUGGUUAGCAGGGUUAGCAUGGUUAGCAGGGUUAGCAGGGUUAGCAUGGUUAGCAGGGUUAGCAUGGUUAGCAGGGUUAGCAGGGUUAGCAGAAAGAGAGAGAGUAGUGACUUGUUUCAGUGCCUAAUGCUUUGAGUACUGAGUAGUGACUUGAUUCAGUGCCUUUAUUGUAGAAUGACUUGUUGGUUGGUCUGUCGAUAGUUUUUUCAGAUGCCACCUCCCCUUCUCUUCAAGCCCAGCUCACCUAUCUCUAGUGGACAGGACAGGGUUCCUACCCUUAAAAAAUAUACGUGUGAUUAGGGUGGUUGGCAUGUAGCCAAGGACCGCUGCAGUUCCCUCCAAGCAACUCGUGUCAAGCAGAUCACACCAUUUACCACGGCCUACAGCAAGACUGGUCUACAGGGUAAUAGUAGUGUGGGUAGGAGCCAGUGUCUGGAGUCAGACCAGAUUAACGUCAUUAAUUACCCAGUGUCUGGAGUCAGACCAGAUUAACGUCAUUAAUAACCCACUGUCUGGAGUCAGACCAGAUUAACGUCAUUAAUUACCCAGUGUCUGGAGUCAGACCAGAUUAACGUCAUUAAUUACCCAGUGUCUGGAGUCAGACCAGAUUAACAUAAUUAAUAACCCACUGUCUGGAUUUAAACCAGAUUAACGUCAUUAAUAACCCACUGUCUGGAUUUAAACCAGAUUAACGUCAUUAACAACCCAGUGUCUGGAUUUAAACCAGAUUAACGUCAUUAAUAACCCAGUGUCUGGAUUUAAACCAGAUUAACGUCAUUAACAACCCAGUGUCUGGAUUUAAACCAGAUUAACGUCAUUAACAACCCAGUGUCUGGAUUUAAACCAGAUUAACGUCAUUAAUAACCCAGUGUCUGGAUUUAAACCAGAUUAACGUCAUUAAUAACCCACUUCACAUAAAAUAGUGUCUGUUUUGCACUGAAUUUAAAACAACCAAUCUAUCAAAUGUAGAUCGCUACAAAUGAGUCUGCACUGCUUCCAUGAUAAUGAAUUAGCAUGCUAUAUAUAUUGAUAUGCUAUUAUGGACCACCGUGACUGGCGGUGCGCUGUAACACGAACGACCUGAAUGUUUAGGCCCCUGACACCACUACCUGUCCCGGGAAUGACUGCAGCAGCCUUUUAUCUGUGAUGACCUGGGGUGUGUUCAUUAGGCACCUAACAGAAGAAAACUGACUGAAACCGGGAGAGACUACCAUGACUAGUAGUCCAAUAACAAACACUAAUGUAUAUUUUCCUGUUGGAAAACGUGUGGUGUGGUGUGGCCUGCUGAACACUACCCUGUAGUGGUCAAAUGGCACCCUUUUUCCAUAGGGGUUGAAAGUAGUGCACUUUUUUUUUAUUAGUGGAUAGGGUGCCAGUUGGAACACUAGUCCCUGUGUGUGUCUGGCAGGGUUACAGAAUGCUGUGUCACAAAGGGCAUCCUAUUCUCUAUGUAAUACACUACUUUGGAGCAGGCUAGCUUUGCUCGGGUCUAUGUAGUCCCCGUAACUAUUGCUGUUGUGUGAUUUAAUUAUGUCAAUGAUCUUUCAUAUUUAUUCCUCAGCACCACUGUGUUUAUUUUUUUCAUUCAUGCUGUACUGUGAUUUUUUUGUUGUUGUUUGUUAUUUCUUAUUUUUUUUUGUUUUUAUAAUUAAACUGUUCUCUCUGUGUGUCCACUAAUUACAAUUAAUAAAUAAACUUACCUCGGAGUUAAAA